AUGGAAAAGCUUUUGGGUCUUCUGAGGAUUCGAGUGAGACGAGGAAUGAAUCUGGUUGUUCACGACACACUCAGCAGCGAUCCUUUUGUCGUGGUCUCCAUGGCAGAUCAGAAAAUGAAAAGUGUUGUGGUUCAUGACAAUUGCAAUCCCGAAUGGAACGACGAGCUAACUCUUGCUAUUGAGGAUCCAAAUGUUCCAAUCAUCCUAAGUGUGUAUGACAAAGACACGUUCACUCCACAUGACAACAUAGGCGAAGUUGAGAUCGACAUAAAAGCUUAUAUGGAAGCAAUGAACAGCUCUCCAAAUCCCCCGGAGAAGGAGAAGGAGAAGGAGGAUGGUGGAGGAGAAUUAGAUGAUCAUCAUAUCAUCAAAAGGGUUGAAGCGAAUACAGAAUUAAAUUCCCUAGUUAACGACAGCUGCGUAUAUUGGAUCAAGGGGAAAUUGGUCCAAGACAUGCAUCUGAGGUUGAAGAACGUUAAAACUGGGGAGGUACUAAUUCAAAUCGAGUGGAUCCAUCUUCCACCCGCAACUAAUUCACCUGCUACUGCACCCCCCUGCACCUAA